AUGAUCAAUCUUAUAUCGCGCAACGUUGUGUUCCGCAAUAUUCGAAUAACAUCGCCUGCUAAAAUCCUCUUAAUAUUCUUCAUCCUCGUUGUCUAUUUCUCCUUCUCUUUCGGCACAUCUCAUCCACCUUCUUUCCUCAGCGAUCCGGAAGCACACGCUCACCUGACGGAUGCUUCCCUACCAGAAUUAGUCGAACUACAUGAUCAGGUGAAAUCGGACAUACUACAAUACAAAAAGUUUAGUCCGAGCGCAACUGCUGAAAAGUUGAGAUCUCCCAUAUACCUUCCGGACGGUUCAGUAAAUUUCGAUCCUGAUCUCAAAGCCUAUGUUGACAGAUUAAGGAAAUUCGUGGAUGAAUAUCUUCGCAAUACACCGGAAAAGAUACGUAGAGGUGCACAAAACACUCUGAAUGAUAUCAAUAAACGAACACCACCUACUAGUCGACCUGAUACUUUCCCUUCCAAAGUAUGGUCUACUCAUCCGUUCGGAUUUGAUGGAGUAGAAGAAGGGUUUGGUUUAUGGAGGAAACUUUUACCUUUGCCAUUAUCACCAAGACUCGUCAAUGAGAUAUCGACAAGAAAGGAUAUAGGUUGGCUGAAACCGGUUCGUGAAGGUCAGGAAUGGGAAGUGAUAGUAACAGAUGAUGAUGGAUUAGAUAAGUGGAUGUCAGAAUGGACUGCCGAGAGAAUCACCAGAGGAGAAAUGGGACCAGGAAAAUGGUCUCGAUUAUGGGGUAGACUAGAGAAAGGUGUUUUGAGAGCGGAUUUGUUUAGAUAUGUAUCUAUGUUUGCUGCAGGAGGGAUAUACUCUGAUUCUGAUACCAUGCCUAUUUCACAUCCCUAUGUAUGGGGUUUACAUGCCCCAUCCAUCCUACAUCCCGAUAUAGAAACUCUGACAAAACUCAUACAACAAACCUCUUCGACUACUCCUUCUCUACCGAUAAAAGAUAGGCUGAACCCUCGUCAUUCAAGUGAUACCAAUAUAUAUACCCAGCACAAUGAUACCAAUGAAACUAUAAUCAACUUGCAAUCUUAUAAUCCACCUUAUUCAUCACUCUCGCGACGAGCACCUGUAUCCAUCACCGAAUUGCCAACAACUAUUCUGAAUCCCGAAAUAUCAAUGAUAGUAGCCAUAGAAUGGGACAGUAUGAUAGGAAGAACAUUGAGCAUGUGGAAACAGUGGACUUGGUUUAGAUAUAAGAGAAGUUGGCCAGACUGCUGUUAUCCUCGGGGAUUGGAGAUGGUCCAGAAUUUAUUAGUAUCAAAACCUUUCCACCCUAUCAUGCUCGAUACUCUAGCGACCGUUGCUGAGCUCGUGGAUACCGGAGUGGCCAAUCGGCUUAGUCCACUCGAUCUUACAGGCCCCGGUCCUUUUACGGAUGCUGUCCUCCGCUAUCUCCUCGUCCAAUAUGGGGUCACAGCGGCUGAUCUAAGAUCCCUUCGAGGCCCCGUCAGAGUAGGCGACGUAUUGAUAUUACAAGAAGAAGCCUGGCAUGCUCCAAAUAAAGCUAUUCGUCGACUCUUGUCUCAUGUACAAUCGUUUGGAGGCAAAGUCACGGAUAACACGAAUGGGAAGGAUCCUUGGUUAUUCGGGCUGGGGUGGCAAAACUGGCAAAGUGGGGGCAAGAAGGUAUCAUAUCAUGGGCUGACAGGUAUUUGGAAAGGUAAUCAAUGA